GGACUCACACACAAGCUAACGGCUGAAAACAACGGUUGCCGGCGGCCCCGCUGGUUGAUGCGCGCGCGGAGAUGCACGCGUCCCUUCUAACGCUGGUCUGCGGGGCCCCCAACGGUGCUCUCCGGGUCUCUGGGGUCUGCCCUGUCUCGCUGUCGGUCUCGCUCUGUGGGUGGUGUCGCUCUGUUUAUGGCCCUCCUAAAACAGCCCAGCUGAAUCCACAAAUAGAAGACACCCGCUCCACACCUACCUCUUCCGGCACUGUGUGAGACCUUUCUGGAUGCGAGCUGCUCGUCCAGUGCCUGCGUGUGUGUGUAGGUGUGUGUAGGUGUAGUCCUGGCUGCUGCUGUUGGCCAGGAGCCCGACCACAGCCACGGCUGCGCCCAGGGCAGCUGUUACCCAGCAACGGGGGACUUGCUGGUUGGACGAGAGAAGAGCCUGAAGGCCUCGUCCACAUGCGGGAUGAGGAGAAAAGAGCCCUACUGCAUUGUCAGUCAUCUGCAGGAUGAGAAGAAGUGUUUCGACUGUGACUCCAGGCGGCCGUACGACCCGGUGUACAACACCAUCAAUCACCGGAUAGAGAACGUUAUCACCACCUUCAAACCCCUGAAGUCCUGGUGGCAGUCGGAGAACGGAAAGUCGGAUGUCUUUGUCCAGCUGGAUCUGGAAGCAGAGUUUCAUUUCACUCACCUGAUUAUGACCUUCAAGACCUUCCGUCCGGCAGCCAUGCUGAUCGAGCGUUCCGCAGAUUUUGGUCGCACCUGGCAGAUCUACCGCUACUUUUCCCACGACUGCGCUACUGCCUUUCCCAGAAUCUCCCAGGGUCCUUUGCGGAACAUCAAUGACGUCAUCUGUGAGUCGCGCUACUCCGACAUUGAGCCGUCAACGGAGGGAGAGGUCAUCUACAGAGUGUUGGAGCCAGCCAUCGACAUUGAGGACCCGUACAGCCCGAGCAUCCAGAACCAGCUGAAGAUCACCAACUUGAGAGUGAACUUCACCAAGCUUCACACACUGGGAGACAACUUGCUGGACCCCCGAGCUGAAAUCAAAGAAAAGUACUACUACGCCAUCUACGAGCUCGUCGUACGCGGAAACUGCUUCUGCUACGGCCACGCCUCCGAGUGCGCCCCCAUCGACGGCAUCAGGGACGGCAUCGAAGGAAUGGUUCACGGCAGGUGUGUGUGCAACCACAAUACCAAAGGUUUGAACUGUGAGCAGUGUGACGACUUCCACAACGACCUGCCCUGGAAACCAGCCGAGGGAAGCAGCACCAACGCCUGCAAGAAGUGUUCCUGUAACGGCCACUCGACCCAGUGCCACUUUGACAUGGCGGUGUAUUUGGCUGUGGGCAACCUCAGCGGGGGAGUGUGUGACGACUGUCAGCACAACACCAUGGGGCGCAACUGUGAGAUGUGCAAACCCUUCUACUACCAAGACCCCUUCAGGGACAUCAGGGACCCGCGGGUCUGCGUCGCGUGCGACUGCGAUCCCGAUGGCUCUCAGAACGGAGGGAUGUGCGACAGCCACACGGACCCGUCCCUCGGCAUGGUGGGAGGUCAGUGCCGCUGCAAAGCCAAUGUGGAGGGGCCGCGCUGCGACAAGUGUAAGACGGGCUUCUUCGGCCUGAGCCCCCACAACCCUCAGGGCUGCCAACCCUGCCGGUGUGACCACAGGGGAACCGUGUCGGGCAGCUCCCAGUGCGACCCGGUCAGUGGAGACUGCUUCUGCAAGCGUCUCGUCACUGGACGCAGCUGCGACCAGUGUUUGCCGGAGCACUGGGCUCUGAGCCACGACCUCAACGGCUGCCGAGGCUGCGCGUGUGAUAUCGGGGGAGCCCUGGACAACCACUGCGCCAUGGAGAGCGGUCAGUGUCGCUGCCGCAGUCACAUGACAGGACGCCAGUGUACUCAGGUGGAGUCCAGAUAUUUCUUCAUGGCUCUGGAUCACUUCCUGUAUGAGGCCGAGUUGGCCAAAAUGGGGCAGGGCUGUACAUUGGAGACCAGGGAGCACCAGCCGGGUCGCCCCGCCACAUGGACGGGCAUUGGAUUCGCCCGGGCACCCGAGGGCGGUACCCUGGAAUUCCUCAUCAGUAACGUCCCCUAUUCCAUGGAAUAUGACCUGCUUAUCCGCUAUGAGUCACAGAUGCCACGAGACUGGGAGGAGGUGCGAAUAACAGUGAUCCGUCCGGGGCCGAUUCCAACCAGCAGCCCCUGUGGAAACACCAUCCCAGAUGAUGACAGACUCACCGUCUCCCUGCCAGCCGGAGCCAGGUUUGUGGUCCCUCCUCACAUUGUGUGUCUGGAGAGAGGUGUGACUUACACCCUGCGCUUUGAGUUCAAACGCUACCAUGACGCCAACAGUAUCCUUAACGGAGCGGCCAACGCUCUCCUCCUUGUGGACUCUAUUGCCUUGAUGCCGCGCCACUCCUCCAUGGAGAUGUUCAACGCGGGCGAUCCGGCUUCCAACAACAGGAAGCAGGCUUAUGAGCGGUACCGCUGCCACGAGGGGGCAAAGAGCGUGACACGCCCGCUGAUGAGUGACACCUGUGCCAAGCUAGUCACCAGCAUGUCGGCCAUCGUAAAUGACGGGGCUCUGCCUUGUAGUUGUGAUCCUCAGGGGUCCAUGAGCUCCAUGUGCCACGUGCGCGGGGGCCAAUGUCACUGCAGGCCCAAUGUGAUUGGUCGACGCUGUGACCAGUGUGCUCCGGGAACUCACGGCUUUGGACCCUCAGGCUGCAUAGCCUGCGGUUGCAGCUUGGAAGGUUCUGUGACGCGACUUUGCGACAAGUUCACCGGUCAGUGCCAGUGCCGUCCCGGAGCGUUUGGUCAGCGCUGCGACGGAUGCCAGGCGGGCCACUGGGGCUUCCCCAGCUGCAGACCGUGCCAGUGUAACGGACACGCCGACAAGUGCGACCAGAGGACCGGAGCCUGCGUCAGCUGCAGGGACAACACUGGAGGAGACAAGUGUGACAGGUGUGCCAAUGGUUACUAUGGUAACCCAGUUUUGGGUAAAGCAUCCAGUGCUCAGUGUCGCCCAUGCCCCUGUCCAGACGGCCCCAACAGUGGACGCCACUUUGCUGCGUCUUGUUACCAGGACAACCGUAACAGACAAAUCAUCUGCAACUGUAACCAGGGCUACACAGGAGGCCGAUGUGAGGAAUGUGCUCCGGGUUACUACGGCAACCCCUCUCAGCCCGGAGGGCGCUGCCAGCCGUGCCAGUGUAACAACAACAUCGACAUGUCCGACAUGGAGGCUUGCAACAGGCAGACCGGACAGUGCAGGAAAUGCCUUUACAACACCGAGGGCCCCAACUGUGGCAUCUGCAAGAGCAGCUAUUUCGGCGACGCUUCCCGGCGCAACUGCAGGAAGUGCACGUGUAACUUCCUGGGUACUGACCGUGGCCAGUGCAUGGAGCGUGAGGACUGUGUGUGCCAGCGAGCAACAGGCCAGUGCCAGUGUCUGCCGAACGUCAUCGGUCUGCCAUGUGACCACUGCGCCCCCAACCACUGGAACCUGGCCAGCGGGAGGGGCUGUGAAUCCUGCGGCUGUGAUCCCAACAACUCAGUCACCUCCUCAUGCAACGAGUUCUCUGGGCAGUGUCAGUGUCGCGACGGCUUCGGCGGGACGACCUGCACAGACUGUCAGGAGAACUACUGGGGAGACCCCGGGACACAGUGCAGAGCCUGCGACUGCGACUGGCGAGGCAUCGAGACCUCGCAGUGCAACCGGGUGACCGGCCACUGUGUUUGCCAGCAGGGGGUGUCGGGUGUCCGCUGUGACCAGUGUGCCAGAGGCUUCUCUGGCCAGUUCCCCAACUGUCAGCCCUGUCACAAGUGCUUCGGGGACUGGGAUCGCAUCGUGCAGGACCUGGCAGUGCGCACCAAGACUCUGGCGGAGCGGGCCCACGAGAUUCAAACCACUGGGCUUACUGGGGCCUACGAGAAGGCCUUCAGGGACCUAGAGGAGAAACUGGCACAAGCUCGGGGAAUUGUGGAUGCACGCAACGCCACUGCUGCAGCUGUUGCUACCCUGAUGGAGCUUAUUGAAGAUCUUAGAGCGCAGAUCGGUGAGACCACCGACACCCUGAACCGUCUGGAGGGAGACCUCACCAUCGUCCAGGACAGCAACUCUGAGGCAAGCAAGGAGCUGAGUGCUCUGGAGAGAGAAGCUAAAGAGCUAAACCUCACUUCGGAGCAGCUACACCGCCAACUAGAUAUCCUAAAAAACUCAAACUUCCUAGGUGCGUACAACAGCAUCCGUAGCUCCUACAACAAGUCUCGUGAUGCGGAGCGCCGCGCCAAUGAAUCGACAACCACCCGGCCCAGCACGGUCAGCCAAUCUGCAGACACUCGCCGCCGCACCGAGCGCCUCAUCGCCGCCAAGAAGGACGACUUCAACCGCAAAAACGCCGCGAACAAGCGUGCGCUCGGAGACCUCAACACCCGAGCGCAGGGCCUGGACCUCAAGAAGAUCAACGAGAAGGUUUGCGGCGCCCCAGGUGAUGCCCCCUGCGGGGAAAGCCCUUGUGGGGGUGCAGGUUGCCGCGACGAUGAAGGGAACCGUCACUGUGGAGGCCUAAACUGUAACGGCGCUGUAGCGGUAGCCGACAAUGCCCUGGAGAGAGCCAAACACGCAGAGAAGCAGCUGAACAAAGCUAUGGGAGAGGUCGAGGGACUCUUUAGCAAGGUGGCAGACGCCAAGACCAGAGCAGAGGAGGCCAAGGGUAAAGCCCAAGCAGCUCUGGACAAAGCCACCGCCACGAAGAACAAAGUGGAGCGCUCCAACAACGACCUGAGAGACCUCAUCAAGCAGAUCAGAGACUUCCUCACCCAGGAAGGUGCGGAUCCGGACAGCAUCGAGGCCGUGGCGAACCACGUGUUGGAGCUCUCCAUCCCUGCUUCGCCCCUCCAGAUCCAGCAUCUGGCUGAUGAAAUCAAGGAGCGCGUUCGCAGCCUUUCGAACGUGGACGCCAUCCUGCAGCAGACGCAGGACGAUGUGCGCAAGGCGGAGCGACUGCUGCUGGAUGCCAAGAGGGCGAGGCACAGUGCUGAGGGCGUGAAGACCACAGCGGAGACAGUGAAACAGGCCCUGAUGGAUGCUCAGACUGCCCAGACAUCAGCGGAGAAGGCCAUAGCGAGAGCCAAGGCAGACAUUGGGGUGACUGAAGCCCGACUGGUACAGAUUGAGUCGGAAACAUCCAACAGUGAGAAGGACCUGAAUGAAGCCAUGGACCGCCUGGGCACGUUGGGACGGGAGAUCACCGCCCUGAAGAACAAACGGGCCAACAACAGCAUGGCAGCCGCCCGAGCUGAAGAGACGGCCACCAUGGCACGAGACAAGGCGAACGAAGCCAAGCAGAUUCUAGAUGGCCAGCUGACGGAUAAAUACCAUGAGGUCCAGCAGAAGGUUGACACAAAGGCCAAAGCUGUGCAGGACGCCAAGAAAAGAGCAGAGAGCCUCAGAGAUGAAGCAAAGGAACUACUGAGAGAUGCCCAGAACAAGCUCCAGAGGCUAGCAGAGCUGGAGAAAAACUAUGAGGAGAACCAGAAGAGGUUGGAGGGGAAAGCUCGUCAGCUGGACGGCUUGGAGGACAAGAUGAAAGCCAUCCUCAGUGACAUCAACAAACAGAUCCAGAUCUACAACACGUGCCAGUAGCUCAAAAACAGGUGCACCAUCGUCUUGGUCCGGCAUUUUUUCCAGAAACAAUAACUGUACAAGAGACUUUGAGGAAACGGUGAGAGAAGACUUGCCGUAAGCGCUGAUUUGAUCACUGCACUCUUAUCGCCACGCAUUUGCAUAUUCUGUCUUUUCAGUAAGGAUUUGAAAACGGUGGCUAUCAUAAUUAUAUCAUUAUAAUUAUACACACGCAUAACUGAAACCCAUAACUGAUCACGAAGAAAGUGCAUGAUGUCAUAUAUUUUAUUAGGAUUUUAAUUUGUGCACAUUAUUUUUGUUUUGGAUUUUCAAAAUAAUCUGGAAAUGUAUCCGUGUUUUUACAUUUGUGUUUUGAACAUGACAAUUAUAUUUUAGGAUAUCAAUGGUGAAAAUAAUGCAUUGCGAACGAUCUGUAGUUGAACAGAGACUUUGUGAUUGCGUUGUAUAAUCAUAAUCAUAUAGUCUCUGUUACUACUGGAUGAAUAUUCGGAGCUGUGCUUCAUUUAAACUGCAUUGGACAGGCUCUUCUUUCAGUAUGGACUCAGAAUGACAAUCUGUUUCUUUUGUUGGUGAUAAAAAACAAAACAAAUCACUAAACAACUAAUUAUGAUAAGGCAUUAAUAAUUUUUAUAUUUUCUAAAUAAGCCAAAUAAUGGAGACACGGGUCCAGCCACCACUGCUGUAGAUCCCUGUCCCUGUGUACUUUUAAGGACUUCUCUCUUGAUGGUUGUUGCAUUGUUAUGGGUUUUAGAUGUAUUACUACCGACUGUGGUGCUUGGAAUUCAAUUUUUAUAUUGUGUCUGCCUUUAUACAAAUGACAGGGAAACAAAUGAUAUGACCAUUUUUAUGUGAAAAUAAAAGUUGCUUCUUGACUCUGCUAAGCCAAAAGAUAAAAGAAGGCCAAAGCCCACCUCUGCCUGGAGUAAGAGGAUGGCUGUACAGCGUCACUAUACAGUAGGAAUGUAAUGAUGAGAGCAGCACGCCUCUAGUGAUGUUGUUGUUGGGACAAAGUUCCCGUUCUUUACACAACACAUUAUUUUAGCCCUGGGCUAAGAGUUGAUCCUGGGUUAACUUGUCCCCUUUUCACACACACAUUGUUAACCUGAGCCCAGGGCGAUAACAUUCACACUGCACUUCUACGAGCUCAGAGUUAACGCGCAACUAACGUUUACGUUCUAGAAAGACUCCUCCAUCACAGAUUGGACAACAAAAACAUGAUGCAAAUUCCAUUGUUUACUUUUGCCUUGUUUCACACGGACGACUUCUAGCCAAGAGUUUGGUCUAUUUUCAAGGGGAUAACCCCGCAAAUUCAAGGCCAACCCCACGCUGGAGCCCGAGGCUGAAGUCGGGUUUCGUCCGCUUUUGAAUGUGCCAGGAUUGUGGCAAUGGGGUUGCUUGCUUAGCCCCAGGCGAAUAGCUCUCUUGGGCCGCUUUCACACCAAAAUCAGGCAUUACAGCAAAAAUGACAAUCCUCCCAUUGACUGGAACGUGGGUCGUGCCUUUAGGGUGCAGAUGAAAACACGUAGCGGCCUGUGGCAAGAAGAUGAAACAGAAUGAACCUUUGGAGAAAAAAAUACGUUAAUUGUCAUGCAGUUGCUUGGAGCCCCCCCCACCCCCCCGAAGUGCAGUGUGAAAAGUAUCUUGAGGUCAUUUCGAGAAAUGGGCUUAUUUGCUCUCUUACCAAGAGUUAGGUGUCUUGCAAGCUAUAUAGAAAUGUAUAGGUUUCUAGGAGUCACUGUGAAGUUGCCAGGCAACCAGUGGAGAUUCCAUCAAGUCUCUACUCAUCUAAAUCUUGGCAGGAAAGCAAAUGUGCAUUGUGUAAUUCCCAAAAAUGUCAAAUGAGAAAUACAUCUUUUGGAUGCCAAAACGUGUGUUUGCAUAUCAGAUGUCAUGGAUUAUGGACUAAGAUCUGCAUGGACAGUGUUUCAUUGUGCCUUAUUGUAUGCAAGUGUCUUGAACAUUUACUCGUACAUUAUUUGCAUGACAAUUUAUGUUUUAGUAAACAUAGCGAACCCAAAAAAAGCCCCUACCUUUUGUACACACAUUUCCUGCAGUUCAUCCAUCAACCUACAACCACGUGAUUUUGAAAUAAAUGCCAAAGCAAAAAUACCAAAAGAAGCUGAAAAGUUGAACAGUUGUGAAUAAAGCUAUGAUGACUUAAGACAUUUCUCUGUAAAAAAAAAAAGAAGACAUUUCUACGUCUCAAUGAUUUGGGUGAUGAUGAUGAUGAUGAUAAACCUUCUUGUGUACAAAAUAGUCUCCUUCGUUAAUGAGAUUUUAUAUUAUUUUUGAAUCCCUGUGUAAAGUUGAGGGAAAUAUGCAAGUAGACACCAGUGAGGCCAGAGAUGAAGAACACUUAUAAAGUAAACAUUGUUUGCAAUCUGGUGCUUCUGAUACUAAAUAUAAAUAUGAGCUGAUACACAGUGA